AUAGCUGGUAUGGGGCUUCCUUGACAGUGCGCAAGCGCAAUGUAGCAGGAUACAAUGUAGCAGGAUACAAAUCGAAUCAAUCGCUGGUCUACGCGACUCCGCCCAUAAAGGAAUGAAUGAAACUGUAUAUGGGGAUACCGAUAGGACGUAUUCGUGACAUCACUGUUAGUCCGUUUUAACUUCAAAUGACUCAAUUGCAAGAGGAAACGGGCGACAUGGACAGGCCUGUUGAACCAGGACAUUUCUCAGCAUGCGAAGCCCGGUUGGACAAGCACAUGGCGGGACUUUGCAGCGUGGAUUUCCCGGUAGCUGUGGUUCUUCCAGCCGGUGGCAGUGGAGAAAGAACGGGGCUACUGACACCCAAACAGUUCUGCACGUUUCUCAACAGACCUCUGAUAAGCUACACAAUUCAAACUUUCGAGAGAGUGCCAUGGAUCCAAAGCAUUGUCGUGGUGGUUGCCAAGGAGAGCUUAGAUUUGAUGAUGGACAUUAUCCAUCGCUUCCACCACAGAAAUGUCCUAGUGGUACAUGGCGGAUCUACUCGCCACAGAUCUAUAUUCAAUGGGGUCCGGGCCCUCAGUGAGGGAGAGGAUGGUACGGCCCGCGUUAAACCAAAGGUGGUCAUCAUCCAUGAUGCAGUGCGGCCCUUUGUGGAAGAGGACUUCCUCCUCAAGAUAACAAUGGCUGCCAAAGAACAAGGGGCUGCUGGGGCUAUCCGACCUCUGGUUUCCACAGUGAUUGCUACCACAUUGGAGGGCUACCUGGACCAUUCUCUGGAGAGAACCAAGUACAGAGCCAGUGAGAUGCCCCAGGGGUUCAUCUAUGAUGUCAUCUACCAGGCUUAUCAGAGGUGCAGCGAGUCGGACUUUGAGUUUGGCACCGAGUGCCUUCAUCUGGCUCUGCAGUACUGUGGCACCAACGCCAAGCUCAUCGAGGGCCCGCCAACCCUGUGGAAGGUGACCUACAAACGAGAUCUGGCUGCAGCAGAGUCCAUUGUCAAAGAGACUCUCUCCCAGUCGGCCUGUGUUGUCACAGGUGGCUCUGCACAGGCUACAGAGCUGGCCAACGCUCUGCAGAGGAGCAUGAGCGCUUUGGACAUGGAGGUGGAUGUGAUCUCAGACUUGAUAGGAGACAAUGCCAAAUCUCUGUCAAAAGAGUGGAACUUUAUUCAAGUUUCUGUCAACAGUUCUUGCUUUUGUGAAGUUGGAAGAAUUCUGGGUGCGUUGGAGGAGGCAGACCGAGCACUCCUGCAUCCAGUGGUCAUUAUUUGGGUCUAUUUGAACGUGUCGGAGGACGGUUCGUCCGCCAGCGAGCCGACGGGAGGAGAGCCGGCGGCCAUGAUGGAGCUCGCCACAGGAGCAAAGCUCGGAAAUAUUUUAGUCUAUGGCAUCCAGCUUCAUCACUCAAAGGAAGCUACACUUUGGGGGCGGUCAGUGGAGAAGGUGGCCCAGAUGUCAUGUGCUCUGAUCCGGGACAGAAGCCCCGCCCUUACAGGACAGCUGCUCCAGGCGUGAGCCAACCCGGAAGAGCAGAUCACUUCGUCCAGCCUCGCCUCGGACCACCUUCAUCACUACCCACCUACGGCUUGGCCACAAGGUGUGUGUUUGAGAAACACUCCAAGCCUUCAAACUCUGUAUGUCAUGAACUGCACUAGAAAAAGGAACAGUGUGAUGGAUUGGGAAGAGUUUAACGUGAGACGGGUGUAUAUGAAGAAAGAUCGCUUUGCAAGUGUGUGAGACUGUCUAUAGUCCUAUGGUCUGAGACUUCAAACAGUACUGCGUUUCAUUCACAUGAAGAAAUACUACAGUUUACUAUAGCAUACUACAGUACUUAGUAUCCCUCAAUCAUGUGUAGUCCUACAGUAGAAUACUAUAGUAAAUACUACAGUAAUGUCAGCAAAAACACAACACUUUUUUUUAAACUAUAGUAAAUACUGCAGGAUUUAAUUGGCAUAUACCGUGCCCAUUACCCUCCCCCAUAUCCCAAUUUGUGCCACCCAUAAUUGUGUUCCCUACAGGUUAUAGAAAAGACCAGAAGCUCUGAACUAUCCGUUCAGACCCCAGUCCUACCUACCUACAGGUUAUGGCAAAUUUGCUCUUUUAGUAUUUCCCCAAAAGGUUUCCUGAAGGAAAAAAGCCUCCACUUCUGUGUAAAAGAUAAUAAAACAAGAACACUAUAGUAAAUACUACAGUAAUGUCUGCAAAAACACUACAGUAAAUACUGUAGUAUACUACAGUCUUCAAAAACACUUGCACUAAUUACUAUAGUAUAUACUACACUUUUCUUUUACGACGGUAUUUAUACCAUAGUUAACUGUAAAUGCUACAGAUUACUAUAGUAAACACAGUCUGCAAAAACACUAUACUUAAUACUAUAGUGUAUAUAUACCAUAGCAUACUAUAGUUUUUUAAUGUGGGAUGGUCUCUAGAUCACAAGAUAAAGGUGCUGCUGAAUGGAGGAGAGGAGUUGACAUUACUGUAUACAUGUGUGAUUUUGUACUGCCAUGUUUGAGUGGAGGCAUAAAAUUAUUAAAUGUUAUUGAAAGAA